AACUUCCGGCAGGAGAACUUCCGGCUAUGUUGUUUGAAGGCAUGCGCGACGUGAGGCCGGCGUGUCUAUGAUUGCUACAUCGAAUCUGCGAUUCUACAUCGUGAAUAUUGUCGAGAUGACGAGCGAUUACUUUAAGGCGCUUAGCACCGAAGCAAAACAUCGGUAUCGCCAAAAGCUCAUGUUUAGAGGCGGCGAGCUGCCCGACCCGCUGGACGAUGAUGUCGUGCGAUUUUCGUUUUCGUCGGGCUCCAAACACCUUCCCUCAGUCACAACAGCGGACAUUUUUUUCUAUCUUGUGGAGGGUGUGUGUUUUUACACAAGGGAACAGUUUAAGAACUACAGGGUAACCGAUGGAUACAAUGCAUUUGUGAGCGGAAAAGUUAAGCGGCUUGUCUCAUUCAAGGCCGGCAAACGUGGAGAAGGCAUCGUCGUCAUUGCGGCAACCGUAGAGGCCAGCCAAACACUUUCCAAAACAUAUCGCCCUUGGUGCAUCGUUAACGACGACGGCACCGUUGUCAGUGCUCACUGCACCUGCAUGGCUGGCCUCGGAGAAUGCUGCACUCAUGUGGCUGCUUUGCUGUUCAGUGUGGAAGCACAUGUAAAGUAUGGGUUGCAUAAUCCAUCACCAACUGAAGUUGCGUGCAAGUGGAACGCAGUGUCACGGAAGAGCACAGCAGCACCAGUCAGUGACAUAAUAUUUUUCAAGCCAAAGACUGGUCAGCCAGUGCCCCAACCUGUGCCAAGAACCCAAGCGGCCGUACCAACCUGGACCGAUGAACAAGUGCACAACUUCUUGCAGCAAGUCAAGGUGCUGGCCCCAAAAACACUACUGCUGACUUCAAUAACAGACAGUGAAGGAACAGAUUCUUCACCUGAAGCAGCUGCCCAAGAAGAACAGUUGGACAACGAACAACAGUUGGACAACGAACAACAGUUGGACAAGGAUCAGUCAUCGCCACAGCUUCCACUCCGUUGUAUAUACGAGGGCAUGAGUACAGAAACAGCUAAAACAGUAGAGCUAGCAGAGGCAUGUUGCACUGAAAUUGAGAAGUCAACGCGUGGGCAAUCGAAAUCAUUAAGGUGGGAAUCAGAACGAAAAGGCAGAAUAACAGCAUCAGUCAUGCAUCGGGUGGCAGCAUGCCGAAGUGGAGCAGAUGGCCUUGUGGCCGAAAUUAUGGGCUACAUAAAGCCACCCAAUGUUUUUAACCUUCGCUGGGGCUCUCAAAUGGAGCUAAAAGCCAAAGAAGCAUUCAUGACUCAAGAGUCAGGGGCACAUCAAGGUUUUCAGUUGCACGACUGUGGUUUGUAUGUCAUGGGGAAGCAGCCUUAUCUUGCUGCGUCUCCCGAUGCCAUUGUGUCAUGCGAAUGUUGUGACAAGGCUGUACUGGAGGUGAAGUGCCCUGCCUCAUUGAAAGGACAAUCCCUUAGUACUGCUACAAAACAGCUGCCAUAUAUGAAUGAAAGUAUGCAGCUAAGAAGAGACCACGCCUACUACACUCAAGUACAGUCUCAAAUGGCAGCAACACAGCUCUCUCGUGCAUACUUUGUUGUGUUCACAGGUUGUACACUAACCACUGAAGUUAUUUAUUUCGAUGAAAACUUCUGGGCUACUAUAAGGCCGAAAGCAGAAGAUUUUUUCUUUAACCACAUUUUUCCUGAACUGCAAACAAUGAGCAUCCUCAAACAAUUUCAACAUGCUACAAGGACAUGCAUUUGCCAAGGUGCCAAGUCUGGCCGUGUUGUUAGCUGUUCAGAGUGUAGAGCCACAUUUCAUCUUAAGUGUGUGAAACUAAAACGCACUCCAGCAUCGUGGGUUUGCACGAAAUGCCAAACCGACAGCCAGUCUUCUGAUGAGUGA